GUACGAUGAACCACAAGUCAAUCUUCCCUUGGAAGAUUCCACUGACAAACGCUGCAUUCCGCAUUCUGAACCUCCAUCUCUGUACCCCAAGAACAAGACGAAAGUACCCUAACAUCAGAAAAUCUACCCCGCCCAAUGUCCCAAGGAUAUUCGGACCUCCAAGUGGUCCACGACGACCAGCCUGGACUUGAAUAUUCUCCGCCUGCCCAAGGACACGAUGUUGGAGGACAGACGUUCUGGAUCCUCGCUGGUGUUAUUGGAAUUGUGGUAGUUGCAGCCGCCGUGGGUGGCGGCGUUGGAGGUUCACUGGGAUCGAAAUCUACGAAUACAAAGAAUGCUGCUUCGACAUCAACAGCUCAGAUCGCGAGUACCAGCAGUUCAUCCACCCCAUCAUCUCUGUCCUCGUCGACGAGCACAAUCCCCUUAUCAACCAGUACGAUCACGGGAGGAUCUCCCGAAUAUACCCUCCUUAGCGACUGUCCCUCCUCGAACAAUACUUUUUAUACUGUCAAUGUGGGCCAGGAGAUGUCAUUCCGCAAGAUCUGCGGCGCAGCGUAUCUCAACGCUAUCAACGGAGGAGAUGUGGUCAAUGUCAGAACUCUUAGCUUAGACGAUUGUAUCGUCGAGUGCGCCACCUAUAAUUUCCAAAAUAAGACCGCCAUCGCUGCUGGGAACAACAAUGUUUGCAAUUCGGUGUGUUGGCGCAAUACUUUCACGAACGAUGAUUUUCCAGGCCAGUGCUUUGGCUUUACAACGCAAAACUCUUCGAGUACUUUUGUUGUACAAAAUGAAACUAUAUGCGAUUCGGCGGCUUGGAUAGACCAGAAUAUAUAG